AUGGUCAACUUCUCAGCCGAGCGCUUCUUUCCGAAGCGCCUCUCACCCCAACGCAUCAAGGCCAAGGUCGGGCCUCACAUGCACUGGAGGGUGCCCAUGGAGAAAGGAGUCUACCAAGACUCCCGCUGGUCGAAUCCGGACCUGGACCCCGUGGCACCUGAGGACCGAACAUGGGGAGCCGUCGAUUACUGGGCAUACUGGACGAGCGACAUGCUUGCUCCGCCCCUUGCCUCCACGGUGUCAUCCGUCAUGAGCUUGGGAUUCACUGCUCGAGAGACCAUUCCCAUUGUGUUCUGUGGGUUUGCUCUGUGCUCCGGGGCGUUGACAUUGACCGGCAAGAUGGGUGCUCGAUAUAGCAUUCCAUUCCCCGUGCUCGUCCGCUCCAUAUUCGGCAUGUAUGGCAGCUAUCCCAUCAUCGUGCUCCGCUCAUUUGUGGCCGCCAUGUGGACGGCGAUCCUCUGCGUCCAGGCUGGUGAUUUCCUCAACAACUGCCUCACAGCAAUCUGGCCAAGUUUCGUAAACUUCCCCAACCAUUUGCCCGAAAGCGCUGGCAUCACUUCAGCUGGGCUUCUCUGCUUCUUCAUCUACUGGAUCUUCCAGACCGUCCUUGCAUUGAUGCCCAUCAAGAAGCUCCGCAUCCUCUUCCUGAUCAAGGGUAUCGUCGUACCUCCUACAUUCCUAGCCCUCUUCCUAUGGGCAGCCAUCGUCACUCAUGGCGGCGGGCCGCUGGUCACUGGACAUGCCAAGAUCACUUCGCCAUACAUGAAUACGGCAUACUCUGCCCUGACUGGCUUGAACGCCAUCAUCGGUCUCUUCUCGAGCAUGGCCGUGAACUUUCCUGAUUUCAGUCGUUUCAGCAAGAACAACCUGAAGGGAUACAACCAGUUCUUCGCGCUGCCCGUCAUCGGAACCCUGGGUGCGUUGACUCCCAUCUUUGUCACCUCGGCCCACAGCUACAUCUGGGGGGAGUUCGAGUGGUACAUGCCCGCCGUGAUUGCCAAGUUCGACUCCCGUGCCGCCAAGUUCUUCACUGCCUUCAGCUUCAUGUUGGCAACAAUCGGCAAUCAAGUUGCUGCCGGAACGUAUCCCUUCUCCAACGAUAUCUCCGGUCUGUGUCCCAAGUACAUCAACAUCUUCCGCGCGACAUUGAUCAUCUCCGUCUUCUGCGUCGUGUCGAACCCAUGGCAGAUCAUCAGGAAUGCGUCCGGUCUGCUCGCCUUUCUCAGUGGCUACUCGAUGUUCAUGGGCGCCAUCUGCGGCACAAUGUGUUGCCAUUACUACCUGAUCGUCAACAAGAAGCUCAAUAUCCAUGAGCUGUACAAUGGCCAUGGCAUUUACCGGUACAACAAGAUCGGCAUCAAUUGGAGAGCCUAUGCGUCUUUCGUCGUCGCUGUGGCGCCACUGUUGCCCGGUUUCAGCAAGAGCAUCGACAACAGCCUCAACGUCGGCGGUGCCUGGAAGAUAUACACCUUCUCUUGCAUUUACGGCUUCGUGAUUUCCGGCCUGGUAUACUAUGUCAUCUGCAAGUAUAUCUCUGACGUCGGUGUCGCCAAGAUUGAAGAGGCCGUCUACCCGCCACAGAAGGUGGAUUUGAGAGAUGUCGAAGUCGGAGUACCUCCAUCAGAUGAAGACGCAAUCCAUGAGAAGACCGGUGUCGCAGUCGCUAUUGGCUCCAAGGGGCUUGGUUCCGAGUAA